AUGGCAGCUCGGAGGCCACGAGUGAAGAACAUGUGCUUGGACAACCUGAAACGAGACGAUCGGAAGGAGAAACCGGAGAAGCAUGGACCAAGCAAGGCGGAAGCUCAGCAGAAGAGACUGGAGCUCUUGGCCGAGAUGACGGACAAGCUGCAAUUGAUCUUGCAGCGCCUCUCCGAUCCAAACCUCCUUGAUGCUGCGAAGAAGGAGACAUAUCGCAACAUGGCUGAGUCCAUUCAGAGGCAAAUCGCCUCUCUAAAGCCCCCGGAGUCCAAGAAGCAACAGCGACGUGAGGAGCGUCGCCGCCGACAAGAGAAGCGCUACAGAGGCUCUGAGUUUCGGAAACCGGAGACCACCACUUCUCAGGAGGAUCCUAAAGACGACACCGAGAAGCCCUGGGUCAGUGAAGCUUUGAUGGACUCCGAGUCUUCGGAGCCUUCGCCAGUAUUGGAUUCGGAGCCUCCGCCGACAAGGGCUCGGCCGGCACCCAGCUGUGCGCCACACCUCCAGCGGAUUGCUCCAAGCAGCGCGCCGGCUGUCAGAAAGCCGCUGCCGAGGCCAGCAAACCUCGAAGUUCCCGAAGCCACCGAUUUCCAGGAUUCUGGACCGCCACCAGCUGACAAGGUAGCCUGCUCCGGGCCCACCGAAGGUGCUGAGCGUGGCUUCGUUGCAGACUCGGCGGAGGAUGCAGAUGCUUCCUUGGACCUGGUCCAAGCCGAGGGAGCGCUUUUCCAAGGUGUGGCCGAGACCGAAGAGAGACAAGAUCCAGAUGAG